CGCAGGCGCGUCGCGGCGGUCCUCGGCGGGGCUCAGGACGCGCCAGAGGUGGCGGGGAUACCGGGCUGCGGCGCCGCCUGCUCCCGCCUGCAGUCGCCAGCGCCAUGGGCUCCUGAGAAGGCCUAGGUUCAGUUCCCAGCACCCCCACGGUGGCCCACAACCAUCUGUAACUCUACUUCCAGGGGAUCCGACACCAUCCUGUGGCCUCCGAGGAUGCCAGGCCAGCCCGUCAUUCAUUCCAAGGCAUUCUCUCAGGGAGCGUGCUGCUGCUGGGAACCAUGACAGUGAGGGGGGCUGCGCUGGCCCCCGACCCAGCAGCACCCACCACCGCAGCAGCCUCACCUAGCGUCUCUGCCACCCCCGAGGGCAGUCCCACAGCCAUGGAGCAGCCCAUGUUCCUGAUGACCCCCGCCGCCCAGGCCAUCUCCGGCUUCUUUGUGUGGACAGCUCUCCUCAUCACCUGCCACCAGAUCUACAUGCACCUGCGCUGCUACAGCCGCCCCAACGAGCAGCGCCACAUUGUACGAAUCCUCUUCAUCGUGCCCAUCUAUGCCUUCGACUCCUGGCUCAGCCUUCUCUUCUUCACCAACGACCAGUACUACGUGUACUUCAGCACCAUCCGUGACUGCUAUGAGGCCUUCGUCAUCUACAACUUCCUGAGCCUGUGCUAUGAGUACCUUGGGGGGGAGAGUGCCAUCAUGUCUGAGAUCAGAGGAAAGGCCAUCGAGUCGAGCUGUAUGUACGGCACGUGCUGCCUCUGGGGGAAGAGCUACUCCAUUGGCUUCCUGCGGUUCUGCAAACAGGCCACCCUACAGUUCUGUGUGGUGAAGCCACUCAUGGCCGUCAUCACCGUUAUUCUCCAGGCCUUCGGCAAGUACCGGGACGGGGACUUUGAUGUCACCAGUGGGUACCUCUAUGUGACCAUCAUCUACAACAUCUCAGUCAGCCUGGCCCUCUACGCCCUCUUCCUCUUCUACUUCGCCACGCGGGAGCUGCUCAGCCCCUACAGCCCUGUCCUUAAGUUCUUCAUGGUCAAGUCCGUCAUCUUUCUCUCCUUCUGGCAAGGCAUGCUUCUGGCCAUCUUAGAGAAGUGUGGGGCCAUCCCCAAGAUCAACUCAGCCCGCGUGUCAGUGGGUGAGGGCACUGUGGCUGCUGGCUACCAGGACUUCAUCAUCUGUGUUGAGAUGUUCUUCGCAGCCUUGGCCCUGCGGCAUGCCUUCACCUACAAGGUCUACGCUGACAAGAGCCUGGACACUCAAGUGCUGACGUACGGCCCAUACGGCCGCUGUGCCCCCAUGAAGAGCAUCUCCAGCAGCCUCAAAGAGACCAUGAGCCCACACGACAUUGUGCAGGACGCCAUCCACAACUUCUCCCCUGCCUACCAGCAGUACACGCAGCAGUCCACGCUGGAGCCUGGGCCCGCCUGGCGUGGCGGCACCCACAGCCUCUCCAGGUCCCACAGCCUCAGCGGCGCCCGGGACAACGAGAAGACUCUGUUGCUCAGCUCUGACGAUGAGUUCUAGGUGUGGGCAUGGGUGGGAGAGGAGCGGUGCCUCCUGCAGCCCCCAGCCAGGCUGGGGAGCAGCCAGCGCAGCUGUUGCCCUUUUAUUUAUUGGACCAGAAACACUUGCAUAUCACUUCCAGAGGAACAGGCCUCAGGAAUAUGUCUACACGGCCAACCCUGCACUGCUCGGGCCAAGAGCAGAGGACAGUGGCCAUAGCUGCCACACCUCUGCCGCCCAUCCUGUCCUGGGGACACAUCUGGAACCAGCCAUGCCUAGGCCCAAAUGCUUGUGUGUUGGCCAGAAGCUGCAUCCUAAGCCCCCUCCCCAACAGGAUAUCUGCCGAGCUGUCAGGCCCAGCACAUCCCACACCGUGCAAUACCCAGGCCCAACCUGGCCUUCUCCCCCCUGCCCACCCUUCCCUGUUCACCUUUGUCCAAUGUGAGAUCUGUCUCAUUCUGGGCAGGAGAAGAUGUACAUGCUCUGUGGACCCUCCCCCUCUCCUAACCUAGGCCUGCCUGACAUGCUGCAAGGACCAGAGCCAGACCCCAGGAGCUUCAGGGCCCACCUAGGAAGGAUGCUUCUGUGCCUGUGGGCCCUCCGGUAACACGUGAGACUCUGGACCACUCGGCCCUGAGAGGACAGGCAGCAGCCCACACUGCCCUCUCCCUUGGGUCCAGUUCUUGAUAGUUUGGGGCAGAGCCCCCUUAUAUUUCCUGACUGUGCCAGGGCUUAGGUUCCUCACCACCUCCUCAGUGGAGCAGUCAGACUCCUGCUAGGUCCUGGCCUCCCUGGGGCAGAGAAGUCUGAGUCUCCACAUUUCAGAUCACCUACAGAGGGAGGCCGGAGGGAUGGUUGUGCAGCGGGGCCAAGGUAGGAGUGGUCUCAGACCCUCCCAGGUCCCCUGGCCUUACAGGGCCUGGUGUUCUGCCCCACCUGGCCCCUAGCCCAUCUCUUCUGUGCCUUAGUCACAUAUCAAAGCCCCUCCCCAGUUCCCGUCUGUCCCAGGCACCUCCGGGGGCUCCUUACCGAGCUGCUGGCACUCAGGGUUCUGCAGCACUGGGUUGGGCACCCUUGUCUGGGACCACCCACUCUCUCCCCUGGCUCCCUCUACACUCACAUCCCAGAGCUGCCUCCCGGGGCUAGGGCCUCCAACAUAGGGUGGCCAAGGGCCUGUCGAGCAGAAUCUAAGCAGUCCUUGGGUUUGGCUUCAGCAGCCUCUUGAGGUGAUGGAGAAGAACAAGCCCCGUCUUGUGGCCUUCACUGGAAACUCUCCCCUCGGCCACCUCUGGAACAAACAGGUUCCUUCCCUGGAGUCCAUUGGGGAGGGACCUCACGGGGCAGUUGCAUCCCAGCAACCUUCCUCACGGCACAGAGGCCAGCACUCAGCCCCACCCAGUGGGCUUGGCCGGCUGGUCCCAAGCUGCCCAGAGGGCCGCAGGCAGGUGGGAGCUCCUUGGGGCCUGGCCUCAAUUCCCUCCUGGGAUUGCUUCCACCGGCUUGUUUCUCAGACUUUUCCUUUCCUUCCAGGCCAAAGUAUAUUGCUGGUUCCUGUCCCCACUGGCCCCCACCCACCCUAGCACUUGCCUGCUGCCAUGAUGGGUGAGGCUGUUGGGGGGGAGGGGCUCAGUGGCAGGAAGCUAGUGGUCCCUGGGAACACGGGACAGAAAUCUGUCCCCGACUGCCCCUUUCUUCCUUCCUAGGACGCAUAACCUAUCUUGUUUCAUUUAUUUUUUACUUCUUUUCCAGAUAGUGUAGCUCUUUGUACAUAAAAAAGAUACUUGAAAAUUAAUUGUAUGGUGUAUGAGAAGACAGAGCCCGCUAGUUUUGUACUUCGUGUGACUGCCAUGCGCUCCACCAGAAAGCCGCUCUAUUUUGGUCUCUGUGAUAUUUUAAAUGCGUGACAGAAGCAAGCAAAUAAAGUCAGGAAGAAAUAUAUAUAUGAGAUAAUAUAGAUUAUAUCGAAAUCUC